AUGGCUGCUGCUUUGCUUCGUGAGGGCUACAGAGGUGUUGGUUUGCUCUGCGGCAGUGCGCUGCACCACACACCAAUCAAAUUCGAGCCAGUGCUACUAGCUAGCCUCCUCGCAAUGGCGGUUCUUGUUUACCUCACCAUCAUGGCCGCAGCUCUGGCCUCGGCGUCCGGGGAGCUCACCGCGGACUACUACAGCGAGACGUGCCCCCAGGCGCUGACGACCAUCAAGAUCCUCGUCGGCGCGGCGAUCCUCAGGGAGCCCAGGAUGGGGGCGUCGCUGGUCCGCAUGCACUUCCACGACUGCUUCGUCAACGGCUGUGACGGCUCCAUUCUGCUGGAUGAUACCGACGACAUGAUCGGCGAGAAGACGGCCAAGCCCAACAACAUGUCGGUGAGAGGGUACGACGUGAUCGACACGAUCAAGUCCGCGGUGAACACGGUCUGCUUCGGAAACGUCAUCUCCUGCGCUGAUAUCUUGGCAGUAGCCGCUCGUGAUUCCAUUGUCGCGCUCGGAGGGGCAUCGUACGACGUGCUCCUCGGCCGGCGCGACGCGACGACGGCGAGCAACGCCGACGCCGACAACGACAUCCCGACCCCGUUCAUGGACCUCCCGGUGCUGCUGGCCAACUUCCAGUCCCACGGCCUCUCCCUCCACGACCUCGUCGUGCUCUCCGGUGCGCACACGCUGGGCUACUCCCGGUGCCUCUUCUUCCGCGGCCGGCUGUACAACGAGACGGACACGCUGGACCCGGCGUACGCGGCGUCGAUGGACAAGCGGUGCCCGCCCACGGGCGACGACGACGCCCUGUCAUCGCUGGACGACACGCCCACGACCGUGGACACCGACUACUACCAGGGCCUCAUGCAGGGCCGCGCGCUGCUGCACUCAGACCAGCAGCUGUACCAGGGCGACGGCGGCGACACCGACGCCCUGGUCAAGUACUACGGCGAGAACCCGAGCAAGUUCUGGGAGGACUUCGGCUCGGCCAUGGUGAAGAUGGGCAACGUGAGCCCGCUCACCGGCGACGAGGGAGAGGUCAGGGAGAACUGCCGGGUCGUGAACCAGGAGUGAGUGAGUGAUCGUGGUCUGGUCGAGCGAGACAUCAGCUGCCGCAACAUGUCGUGAUCCUGUUUUUGCAUGCCUGCAUCUGCGCCGGCAAGCAACGCAGUACUGUACUAGUAUUUGUCGGAGGGUGCUUGCGUACUUACUUAGUUUUGUGAGAUCCCGUUCAUGUAUUUAAACUGUUUUCUGCGAAAUGUUUGAACAACGAGUGUAUAUUUGAUCAUCUCAA